CUUCGUCAGAAUCCCGUGCACCUUCACCGCCCUGCAUGUCGUUAUUUGCUUCGCGAGCUGUGGAAGCGGGCGGUGGGAGUGACUCUUGUCUGCUUGUGCUGCCUCUUAGCCGACCGAUGCCCGUGGCCUGAGCGCGUGCCUCCCGCCUGCGCAGACAAGGUGGGCGAUGGCGGCGGCGGCGGCGGCGGCGGCGGCGGAGGCGGCAAGAAGCCCGCCAAGUCGAAGCGCGUACGCACCAUCUUCACGCCGGAGCAGCUGGAGCGGCUGGAGGCGGAGUUCGAGCGCCAGCAGUACAUGGUGGGCCCCGAGCGCCUGUACCUGGCGCACGCGCUGCAGCUCACCGAGGCGCAGGUAAAAGUCUGGUUCCAAAACCGCCGCAUCAAGUGGCGCAAGCAGCACCUGGAGAUGCAACAGCAGCGGCUGGCGGCGCUCAAACAGCAGCAGCAGCUGCAGCACCAGCAGCUGGACAUGGAGGAACAGCGAGGCGAACAGAACAGCGGGGGAACGAUGGGCGUGUUCUGCCGGUGCGCCCGAGUUAGGGGGCGCGAAGGCGGCGCGGCGCGCGUGGGCGCGCCCAGCGCCGCCGAGCCCUGCGGCUGUUCUCCGCCCGGCCGCCAGCCCCUGCCCCGACGAGUAGGCGGCGCCCCGGGCACACGCACAGCUGCAAGUGGAAAGCGACACGAACUGCACGAACAGGUGUCGAAUACCAGACUGCUCUGGCCCCGACACGCUGCGACACAUUGCUGUGUUUUCCUCGAGCUA